CGGCUGGCUGGAAGAGGCGGCGGCGGCGGCGGCGCGGGAAGACCCUUCUGGGUCAGUCUGGCUGGCUGCGAGACGAGGAGCUCCGUGGGGUAGCAGCGGCAGCCUGGGGGGACUUCGCCUGGCCCAGGCCCACAUGUCAGCAUGACUGAGAACUGACCAAGAAUCUCAAGACUUUAGCCAUAUAUCUGAUACGUGGAAGUUAGUAAGAAUUUAACAGACCACUAACCCUGUUGUUUAACCAUGGCGGACCCUUCAGCCGAAGUACCCUUUUCUAUGAUGACACAACCACAGCUAAUUGAGUCCACAGCCAUGAGCGAACCUCAGUGCUACUACAACGAAACCAUUGCCUUCUUUUAUAACAGAAGUGGGAAAUAUUUAGCCACUGAGUGGAACACUGUGAGCAAGCUUGUGAUGGGCCUCGGGAUUACAGUAUGUGUCUUCAUCAUGCUCGCCAACCUCCUCGUUAUGGUGGCUAUCUACGUCAACCGGCGUUUUCACUUUCCUAUUUAUUACCUAAUGGCUAAUUUAGCCGCUGCUGACUUCUUUGCAGGGCUGGCAUAUUUUUACCUGAUGUUUAACACGGGACCCAACACUAGAAGAUUGACUGUAAGCACCUGGCUCCUUCGUCAGGGUCUCAUUGACACUAGCCUGACAGCCUCUGUUGCCAACUUGCUAGCCAUUGCCAUUGAAAGGCACAUCACAGUUUUCCGCAUGCAGCUACAUACACGGAUGAGUAAUCGGCGAGUGGUGGUGGUAAUUGUUGUCAUCUGGACUAUGGCCAUUGUCAUGGGGGCCAUACCAAGUGUGGGCUGGAAUUGCAUCUGUGACCUCGCUCACUGUUCCAACAUGGCACCACUCUAUAGUGACUCCUACUUGGUCUUCUGGGCUGUUUUCAACCUAGUCACCUUUGUAGUCAUGGUGGUCUUGUAUGCUCAUAUCUUUGGGUAUGUGCGCCAGAGGACUAUGAGAAUGUCUAGGCAUAGUUCUGGACCACGUAGGAAUCGGGACACCAUGAUGAGUCUUCUGAAGACUGUGGUCAUUGUGCUUGGUGCUUUUAUAAUCUGCUGGACUCCAGGAUUAGUCUUGCUUCUUCUUGAUGUUUGCUGCCCACAAUGCAAUGUUCUGGCAUAUGAAAAGUUCUUCUUGUUGCUUGCUGAAUUCAACUCUGCCAUGAACCCCAUCAUCUACUCCUACCGGGACAAGGAAAUGAGUGCCACUUUUAAACAAAUUCUUUGUUGUCAGCGGAGCGAGAGUGCCAAUGGCCCAACAGAAGGUUCUGACAGGUCUGCUUCAUCACUAAAUCACACCAUCUUGGCUGGAGUACAUAGUAAUGACCACUCUGUGGUUUGAAGAGGAACUGAAAGAUAUUUUUUUUAAAAAAAAAAUAUCUCAGCACAUGUGAGAAUUUAGUGCUGGGUUGUUAACUAGUUAUGAAACUAUUGACAGGAUUGUUGUGGGGUCUUUGAAGCAGAGAAAAUAACAAACUUAUGAGCUUAAAUCACUAAUGGAUUAUAGUGCUUACUCACCAGUGCUCAGUCCACAAAAACUGUCCAGACUAAAAACCUCACACUUUUUAAAUCUUCUGUUUUGUGAAAGUAGAAAAUGAGCUGCUCACACUGGAGAAGCUGACAAACCUUUGGAAAAGCCAUUUUAAGCUACUCUAACUAGCCUUCAUCAGAUGACACUUUUUGUGAUGGUCCUAAUUGAAAUCAUCUCCAAGUAAUUAAGCUUAAUAACUGCUUCACUGCCUUUUCAUUUAAACACUUAGGCUUCUUCCUUUUUUUAAAAAAAAUGCAUUUCAUUUAAUAAUUAUCCCCAUCAGCAUGCUAUGUGAUGGACAUUUUCUGGGCAAAGAGAGAAGCUGUUGUAGCUUCAUUUUUAUUUACACUAUCAAUAACAAUGAAAAACAUCAUUUUACUAGUACUACAGAUGUCAAGAUAUUGGUGGAAAAUGACUCUACCUUGGUUAACUAGUGUUUGGAAGCAGGCACGUUGUGUGUAUACAGAUGUGCUUAAUUCUCACAUUAAAAUCAAUGGGUCUUAAAGUGUUUGUCUGGCUGGAUAGCCCCCCAGAUAUUUAACAUUCUUUAUUAAAGAGUGGAACAAACUAUGUAACAUACACAGGAAGUCCCAAGUUUCUCAUGGCCAGAUCAUUAAUGUGAGAUAUAAAGCUGUAAAAGAGCCCCUUUCAAUUGGCUAAGGUGAAGCACAAUAAUAUGUUUUUUAAAAGUGUAUUUGUGGUGUUGAGUCUUCCUAUUAAAGGGAUUUUGCUUUUUUGGGAAAGUGUGCUUUUUUAAAAGUAAAACUUUUUAAAAAAAUUAUAAAAGGAUUUGUCUUUGCCAUCCUGCACCAAGUAGGAUUUUUUUCUUUUUCAUUUUGAUUCGGGCUUGUAUCUGUUUGCGCAGUUUCAGGGCUUGCUCCAGGUCUUUUGUGGGAGGGUUAGAUUUCUUCCCGAAUCUGGGGCAUGAUUGUGCGAGAACACAUUUGUCCAGUUUCAAAUGGGGAUACUUAUCAUAGUGCUGGUGCUGUCUUUUUCUUUGUCUUUUUCAGACAUUUUGCAAUUACAGCAGCAUCUCACUCCCCACCCACCGAACUAGUGUUAAAGCCGGAGCGGCAGAGUGCUUACACUUUCUAAUCAUGCCUUUAGUUUGAAAUGGAGGGGGAUGGAUAACUCUCACCCUUUUACAGCCAACGACUUUUUAAAAUGUUAGAAAAAGAAAAAGGAAGCCUGAAAUUAAAUGAACUAGUCCAAGCCCCUGGAAAAUAGCACCCCAACUUUGCCACCUAAGAACAGGGAUGUGACGGUCCGAAAAAAGAAUUAGAAAAAUUCAAAAAGAAACUUUCCCCCCCUUUUCCCCCAAAGACCGUUUUUGUUCUUUUCUUUAAAAAAAAUGGAAAUAAAUUAAACAAGUUUGGAUAAUGAAAUACUUUCUUUUAGAAUGAUGAAUGCACUACAGACAACCUUUUAAUAUUAACAAUUUUUAAGAUGUUUAUUUACAAAAUAGAAUAAAAUGUCACUCUUCAAAUAACAGUUUGAGAUUGCUUCAGGUUUCUUAAAUAAAACAUAAUGGUUACCAUUCCAAAUAGGUAAGAGUAAACUCUCAAUAGCUUUUCGUUCAGAUCAGAUUUCUCUAAAUUCUACCCCAACCAAUUCCUCACAAACAAGAACAGAUCCUGUUCACCAGCCUUCCUCUGCCUCCAGCUCUUCCUGGUUUUUCUGGCUUCUUUCCUCUGAUCAGACAUAAACCAGGAACCCAAAAUGUAUUAAGUAUUGAUUUGCUCUUAAAGUUCUUACAUUUGCUGUAUUAAAUUUGAAAGUAUAGAUUAUUCAGACACUAACAAAUUUACUAAUUGAGUUUAUUUUUAAAUACAUUUAAUUUCAAAGAUAAUUUUAUGAGCAAACCAAGUUAUACAUAAUGUGUCUUGUGCUCCUAAAAUAACCAAGUGCAAAAAAAGAAAGAAAAAGUUUAUUUCUCCAUUCCCCCCACAAAAAAAUUUCUGGUUUCCCUACCAAAAAAAUGGAGGAGUUAAGGGGGGAAAUGGCUAUUUUUUCCCAUUGCUUUACUACUUCCUGAAAUAUAUAUCUCCCUACAAAUGUGGUGGCAAAUUUGUAGU